UCAUUUUUGUCCAAUCAAUACAAUAACUAAUACCAAAGUAUAAUAGGAACACUUAGAUGAAAUAUCACAAAUUUUAAAUAAUUUUAUAAAAAAAUAUAAGAAAAUAAAUGUAUGUUGUUCUAUUUAGUUGCUGUGUCACUUUUAAUGGCAUUUGAGAAACUUCGCUUGAGAUUGGUUUUGCGUAGGUUGGUAGUAGGUAUUCAUUGUCUGAACGGUGGCAGCGCUGAUAUAAUUCCCCCUUCCGUGGUUGUGCGUUCACGUCCCACCGGGCGGGUCGCGUCGCCGCGCCGCCAUUUUGUCGUUCAUUUCGAAGACUGACUUGGCGUGAAUGUGACGUGAUAUGCAAGAUGAAAAUAUAUUCCAUACCUAGUAUGAAGAAAGUGCACACGUGUUACUUAAAAAACAAUUAACGACUAAUUACAAUUAUAGAUGUUAUAGUUUAUUGAAUUUUGGCUGUGAAUUAGCUAUUUUACAAACUUAGAUACGUUCGUGAGUUGUUUUUGUAAAGGUACCUACCUAGGUAGUAGGCACCCAAUUUUGAUUUAUCACCUUGCUUUGGCAAAUCAAUUAAUUUAUGUUUUGAUAUUAAUUGUUAAUUGAGAAAGCUUCCAACAUGGAUUCAGAAUACGAUCAAAAGUUCGAGGAGAUGAAGAAGUACAUUCCUUUCCUAGAGAACAUGAUCAAAAGACUGGAAAGUACCAGUAUCGCUGCGGCAAACCCACGACAGGCGCAAUUGGACAAAAUUAGAUCUCUGAGAGACCUGCUUUUGGACAAGAAGAAAAGGAUGAAAAUGGAGAACCUGCUCAAAUGUGAACAGGUGUUGGUUAAUUUGUACACGAAAGUAGAACAGAGAGAUACAAAUGCCAACCCGAACUUCGAAGCAACAGCGCAGAAUUCCAAAUCAAAUGAUAGUAAAGAUCUGGAAGUAGUUCGAAAUAAAUUAAAAUCUGUCGCAAGAUCUACCACAGUUGAAGGCCAGGAAACUCUGCCUGAAAUUGCGCGAGCUAGUGCUAUAGAAGAAAAUUGUACUCCGGGGAGUAAAGAACCUGCGCUGUUUCAAAGAAGACCAAACAGAGCUUCGAAAUCUCCUGUUCGGAGUUUACAAAAAAGCCCAAACAAAGCGGCAGCGGGUUCAUUGUCAACUAAAAGAAAUUACACUCGGGUGCUACUUUCACCAGAACCAAGCAGCAGACGUUGGGAUAGUGAUGAUCAAAUCUCAGACAAACCUCUUUUUAGUCGUAGGUCUCCACGAAGGUCACCCAAAAGAUAUUCUCCUGCGUAUAACAAAAAAGAGAGAAAAAAGUCUUCCAAACAAAUUCAGGGGAAGAAGUCAAAAGAUUUGAAUAUUACAUUAAAUGUCCCAGAAGAAAGUUUGGAUUCUUUAAACAGCAAGGACAUACUAUCAAGGAUUAUGAAUUGUAGUGAUAAUGAUGUUGAUAUCGAAACUUUAAGAGAAGCUAAACGACAAAUUCUUAAUGAAUUAAAACACACAGGAGCCAAAUGCGAUGAUAUAUCAGAUUUGUUAUUAAAAUCAUAUAAAAAGAGUAGUUCUUCUAAAAAGAAAGAUGAAGUUGAAGAAGGGGAAUUAUCUGAUAGCGAAAGUGAAGCUAUCCAAAGUAUCUACGGCAACUUUAUGCUUGAUGAGAGUGACACCACUAUUAAAGAUAAAACUUCUAAAUCAAAAGACAAGCCCAGAAAAAUUCAGAUUUGUCUUGUUAUCAAUUCGGAUAAAGACGACGCUUCUUGUGAAGUGAAAAAAGAAGUUCCUCGAGACACCGAUCCCAAUGAUUUUGAGAUGUAUAAUAAAAAAUCAACAUCAGAUAUCAAACAAAAUGUAGAAAUUGUCACAAAAGAGAGUGAAAAGAAGUCUAACUUAGAAGAAAAUUUGAAAGAAAUAGAAAAAGUAGAAAUUAAUGAAAAAGAUUCAAAAGUGCAAACAAGUGUUCCUACUAGCGAAGAAGUCAGUGAGAGUAAAGAUAGUACUGAUGCUAAACCGAAAGAACACGAACCCGAAAAUACCGAUGCUACUGUCUGUAGUGUUGAAACUACUCAAGCAGCUAAUUUUUACAAACCCUUAAAUGAAGACAAGGAUCUUUCUAGCGUUCCAAUUUCGGAACAGCCUUCUGUGGACAAAGAUAUUAAAGAUAAACCUGUUUUGACUUCAAAAACAGAAAAUCUGUCGGAAAUAACGACAUAUUUAAAAGAUACAGAAAGUGAUGGAAAGGAUGUAAUUGAAAUACCAUUGUUACAUGAUCAAAGCAUAGUCACACAAAAGCCAAAGGAAGACGUUGUAUCAGAAAUAGAUAUUUUACAAGCGCUUAAAAAUGAAAUAUUGAGUGAGUCUUUAUCUAUACCGGGAUCAGAGACUACACCUUCAAUGCAUCAGCCUAAGUUAACGAAAGUAGCAAGUAUUCAAGAUGUCGUACCAAAAAAGAGGAUAUCUAUUGAAAAAUACAAGAAAAAAUCAAUUCCUUCAGCAACGACAGUCAAUUCUUUGUUCCUCAAUGACAGUAGCUCGGCUUUAGUGGAUAAUAGUACGUCAUCGAAAGAUGAUAACUUAAAGAAACAAAGUCUUAAAUUGACCGAAAAAGAAUGCGAACGAUUCAAUUUCCCCGCUAAAUUGGCUUUCGAUGAUGACGAUGAUGUCGAUGAUAUUGUUUCUUCAGAAGAUGAAGAUGUGGGGAAAGAAGUAUCUAUAAAUGAUAUAUAUGGAAACCUCGCUCCUAAAUCACCAGAUAAUAACGAAUCUUCAAGCAUUAGAAAUACACCACCCAUAAUUAUACCCGUCGACCCUGUCAAGACGGUAUUAGCUCCAUCAACAAUAGAUGUUGACAUGAGGACAAUGAUGGCAAACGCCAUCACCGCACUACCAUCUGGAGUUGAGACUAAACAGGAGAUCCCGAAAAAUAACAUCGAUAAAACUAAAACGCCUGUGGAUCCUCGAGUCAGAAGAGACUUAAGCCUGAGCGUUGAUAAGGAUCGCGCCGUACAUCCUAGUGCGUUGGAUACUGAUAAAUUACAACGACCUGUACCUAACUACACAAAUACCCCAAAUUCUACUACAAACAUAAAUCCGAGUAUAACGCCAAAUAGAACUCUUUUAAUGACUCCGAGUUUGACUCCUAAUAUGACGCCUAAUAGAAAUCCCAAUAUGACACCCAGUAGGGUUCCAAAUAUGACACCCAACAUGACGCCUAGUCGGAAUCCCAACAUGACGCCUAAUGCAAGAUCUUACGAGAUUGGUAACCGUCACCAAAGUGAAAUGGAAGAUAUAUCUCCUAGUAAGCACGUUUACGCUCCUAUGUUCCCACUUUAUGAUCACCGAGAAAGUAGAGAGCAAUCGGUGGCCAAAGAACCAGAACGUGAACCUCACUGGGACGCUCAAAUCGAUAGAGAAAGUAAAAGUAGAACAAGAGAAUCACGUUGGGGAGAUUCUUCAGAGAAUCGGGAUCGAAAUCUUAAACAUGAUCCUCGAUCUCAUUCUGUUCGUAGAGAUUCGGCUGAGUAUUCGAAAACGGGUUAUUGUGAAUCUUAUAAUAAGUAUGAUAAUUAUAAUUCAAGGUAUAAUGAUAGACGGGACUAUAGUAGAUCAGAUUGUCCUCGGACGCCACUGCCUUCGUUUGGGCGAUCAGAGGCUCCAUCAACGCCCAGUCAUCCAUUCGGUAGAUUAGAUAGUCCGAUGACGCCUGUCCAUCCGUUCGGUAGAUCUGACUGUCCGCCUACUCCUAAUCAUCCAUUUGGCCGCUCAGAUUGUCCACCAACACCUAGCCAUCCCUUCGGACGACAAGAGUACACUUGGAAUGAGUGUCCCAUGACACCUAGUCAUUCAUUUGGACGAAUCGAUAUGCCAUCGACACCGAGUCAUCCGUUUGGCAGAUCUGAAACACAGUCUCGAGAUCCAAGAUUAAAUAGAAUGUCUGAUUAUGAUAAUCUACAGAAAGAUGACUCCGAUCGCAACUAUCGCAGAGAUCAUAAUAGGCACAAUUAUAAUAAUUCGUACAGGUCAGAACCAGACAGACAGAGACCAGAGUCAUAUCGAAAUUACAGAGAACGCAGUGUUGGCAGAAAUGAAAGAAAUAGUUACCCAGAAAAGGAUUCUCGUACUUAUAACAGAGAUCAAUCUUUUAGAAGAGAGUCCAGCAUUGGACGUGCAACACCUCGAGACGAUCGGUUCUUAUCCAAAGAUCGAAGCCUCAAUCUUGCCCGAAAUGAUCAUCAUCGUAAUAAUGAUCAUGAUGCCUUAAAAAAAGAAUUCAAUCGUGAACACUGUAUGGGUCGUUCAGUACCGACCGAUGACAGAAUGCACCGCUCGUCAUCUAGAGCUUCGAGUGUUAGUAGGUCUGAUAAUAAAAUGUCUGUUGAACCAGAUACAGGUAGUUCAUUUACUAUAAAUACUAGUGUCCGGUCUACGUUUCAAGAUUUUCGACAAGAUGAUAAAUUACGAGACUUUAAUUAUUCUUUUGAUGGACGCCAAAAACGUGCAUCCAGUGUUGGAAGAACACUGUGCCGUGAGUCUAGUGUUGGUAGAUCUCAACCGAAUACAGAGAUUUCCAAAUUUAAUAAAACAUUUGAGAAUCCAGAUCGAAGUAACUUUAGGCGUGCACGCAGUGUAGGAAGAGAUAUACUCACGUCUGAAAGGGAAAGAACCUUGAAAGACUUAAAAGCAGAUUUUGAGAAUUUUUCCAAACAACAGAAAAAGAAUGAAUCGGUAAAAACUUUUAACUACAAAGAUCCAAGAAGCCGCAGUAAAUACAUCGAAUCGAGAAAUCAAAGUAAUCAAAUUGUUAAAAAACACCAACACGGAAGUGUGACUGUUGGACCAGGCAAUAAAAAACCAUAUUCGCCAAGAAAAAAUCCAAGAGAUCCAAGAUUACGCCAUAGUUUGACAAAUACUAAAAAUGAAAGUAGGGAUUCUAGUAGUGAUGAACGAGAAAAGAAAAAUGUAGGAAUAGUAUAUUCAAAUGAUAAUAUCACAAAAGGCAAAAUCUUAGAAUUGGGUUACGGUGUUAAAAAUUAUAAAAUUCCUAAAAUUAAAAGGCCAGUUGAAGAAAAGAAAGAAGAUCAAAUAGAAGAAGCAAAGAAAGAAGAAUUAAAAGAACAAACCAAGAAAGAAGUAUUAAAGGAAGAAACUAAGAAAGAAGGGAAGGAAAGUACCGGAAAAGAUAAAAAAAUGGAAAUAACAAAAUCACAGAAAAAUAAAAAUACAGAAAAAUUAAAAAACAAAAGUCAAGACCAAAAUCAAAAGACUUCAAAACCAGAUUUUAGAAAUGAAAUAUACAAAGCAGGAGUUGACUCACCUAAAAAUAACGUUGAAAAUGUCGAGAAACCUGAAAAACGAGUUACGAGAUUAAGUAAAAAGAAUGAAAGUUCUUUGCCAUCAUCAGAGGAUGAGACUGCCACACAAAACAAACCUAAGAAAACAAAAAAGGCUGUCAUAUAUGAUUCAGAUUCAGACGAAAAUGAACCUAUCAUCAAAAAUUCUAAUAAGACAUCUCCAGAAACACCUACACCCAAAAUAAAUCAAUCAAAGGAUACAGUGACGAUGCCUAGUUCUCCUAAGAAAAAAACAAUUAAAAGCAAAGAAAUCGCGAAUAAUGAAGCAUUAAAUGAAAAUUCUAAUACUGAAAUAUCAAAAGAAGGUCCAGAGACAGAAACAAUAAAUGAAAUACCAAAUGAUGUGACAGUAAAGAAAAUACAAAACGAUAACUUAGAACAAAGUUUCGCUAUAGAUGAUUUGGAAAUAUUUUCUGAUAAUUUAGCUUCAGAUCCAGUAAUAGACAACAUUAAUGCUCUCAUAGCUGAUCUUGAUGAUGAUUUAGAACCUUCUAAAAUGGGUGCUACAGAAUUUGGUGACCAUAUCACGCUAGAAAAUAUGUUAGAAAGCAUUGAUAGCGGCGAUGAUAAUAAUUCUAAAAUUUUAACGGAAGAGUUUAAUGAUAUAUCAGAAGUAAUAAAAAAUGAUAUGAAACAGCCUUCUCAAUCACCUAAAAUUGACUCCCUUAAAAAUGCUUCUUCUGUAGAAAUGAAAGAUAAUUUAGAAGAUAAAUUUAGUUCAUUGCAUACAAUUCAAUCUGAAGAAAACAUUACAGUUGCUUCUAAAUCACUCGAUAUCCCUAUGAAGAAUCAAUCUGAUUGUGAACGUAUAACAAACGACAAUAUUGACUCCACAACCGAGAUUAACAAAGAUACAUCGUCAGAAAAUCUGAAUAAUAUGAAUACUUCAGUCUUAGAAGCGAGCUCUGUACCAGACAGUACUAAUGAGGUUAAUACAAAGAAACCUAAUUUGGAAGAUCGUCUGCCUGAUAGCACAAAUGAGACACAAACUGAUAUCAAUGCUUUAGUUACAUCUUCACACGAUUCUCUAGAUGCAAUUAAUAAAGAAAAUACAGAGCCUAGUUCAUGUAGCAAAGAUGCACCUUCGAUAAAUUCUAUCGGCAAUAUAUUAUCUAUUUUACAAAAUAAAUCUAAGUUGAAAGAAAUAUUAAGUAUGUUAGGUGACAAUUCUAUUGAAAAUGAAAAAAUAAAAAAGAAACUUGAGAAGCUCAGUGAGAUUGUAUCAGAUGAAGAUGAUGAAAUAGAAAAUAAUCACUCCGAAAAGUCAAAAAUCAAUGUAAGUGUAGAGUCUAAUAAAUCUCAUGAUAAAAAUGUAAUCGUGAAUGAAAUGCCGAAAGAGAAUAGUGCAUCAAUAGCAGAUGUGAGUUUAGAUACAUCUAAAGAAGUUUUGACGCAAGCUGAUAAAGAUAAGAAGAAUCCUGAAGUGGUAUUAGAAACUGACAGUACGAUUGAGAAUCCAGAUGGAAGUAACAUUGAGAACCUACCCUUAGAAAAAGAGACUGAUGAAUUGAAUACAGAUACUAAAACAGUAAGAGAACUCAAAAAACCACCACCCAAGAAAGGCAAAGUCACAAAAAAAGGUAAAGGAAAAAUUAUCAAAAAGACUAUUAAAGGAGUUAAACGAGUUACAAGAUCGACUAAAACCAAGGCAAAAAAACCAUCCAGAGAAUUAUUACUAUUACAAGAGGACCUCAAAGAGAUGUUCAUAAGUGAUGACGUUUUAAAUGCAACAGGUAUAAGAAUGUGUCGGUUAGCAAAACUAAUAAAUGAUGAUAAUUCUAAAUCAAAAGAGGAUACACACACUAAUGAUUCUGGACCUGUCGUAGUUUUGGAAAAAUGUAAAAAUUUAGAGUCUAAUGAUGAAUCUAAACCAGUGGUAAAAAAUGUAAGAAAAAAACCAGGUCCCAAGCCAAAGCCCAAACUGCAAGAAAUUGAUGAAACGGAAACCAAGGAAAAGGAAGGAAAAUUUAAACCUUUGACCCACAAACCGGGACCAAAAUCAAAAACAAAGAAUAUUUACAAAUCGGACGACGAGGAUCCCUAUGCCUUUGAAACCGAUUCCCUAAGCGAAACAAAUGAUUCCAUUAGGUCUGUUGAUGACAAGUAUCAACAUAGUUCCGAUACAGAAAGUGAAUCCAUUUGUUCAUCUCAAAGUUUCGGGAGCUCCGAUUUGUUAGUCGAAGUAAAGAAAAAAACUAAACGUAGACGAUCCGCUUGGCAGUCUGGCGUUAUAAAACCGAAAAAUAAGAAAAAGAAAUUAGAAAAUAAACAACAAGAGAGUUCUCUGAAUGAAAAUUUACCACUCCCAGAAAAACCACUUGGUAUGCCGGAUAUAAAUUGUUUUACUGAUAAAUCUUACUGUUUUUACAAGAAUAUAUUUAAUUAUUCUUGUCGCCUGUGCAACUAUAAUGGAGAAAAUAUUGUAAAUCACUAUAAACAAAACCAUCCACAUUCAGAAAUUCCACUUUCUCGUCUUAGUCCCGAAAUGGCAAAAGAGGCAAUCGAACAAUGCGGAGAGAUAAAUUUUCAAGCUAUCAGUAAGGUGCCUAGCGAAAAAUAUGUGUGUAGAUUCUGCUUCAGAGAAUUUGGAAAAAAAAGAGCCGCGUUGGAAGCAUUUUUCUGGCAUAUUGUUAGCAUGCACACCGGUGAAUACAAACACUCUUGUUCAUUAUGCGUUAAUGAAGCUAAAUGCCCUUUCAACUUGGACAUACCAUCUCCUCCAAAAGACGUUAAAGGCCAACUUAUAGGUUACAUUUGUGAAAAGUGUAACUUUACCCAAAUCUCUUUAGAAAAUCUGAAAACCCAUGUCAUAGUUCGUCAUAAUGACGAACAAACAGAAGUUUAUACUAUUAAUUUAGCAGUAAUGUCAAGAAAAGUAAUUGCUCAACUGCUAAAGCGUAGCAGCUACCAACAGCCGAAGAAAUUGCGAGUUCUAAGAAGUGGAAGGUCGAAUCAAAGUAUCACUGAAACCAGUGAUGAACAUAGCGAUAUAACAGAUAGUGAUCACUCGUUUGACCCGUCGCCAUCCACAGUGGCCAAAGAUUCUACAUUAAAACCUUCUAUUAACACAAAAGAUGAAGAUCCAAUACUACCACCCUCUUUUUCCUCAGUAGUCAAAGAUCCUAUAUCGCCACCCUCUAAAAAGGAAAAACCUUUAACAACUAAACUGCAGUCAAAGAUAAGAUUUGAAAAUGAUGACAGUUUAAUUGGAGUAUCUAAUUCUAACGAAAUUAUCAAAACUAUUGUUAAAAAGGAGGUCGUAGAAGAGGAAAUAAGAAACAACAAAGAAAUUGAGGCAUUGAAAAAUAAUUUAAUAUCUGAAAUAUGCGGAGCCGAGACUACAUCGGAAGCCACUGGAAGUACCUUUGCAGCAGAUAUCCAAGAUUGUGCCCAUUUCAAGAUAACUUAUACAGAAUCCGGGUCGAAGGAAUACGUUUGCUGUGUUAAUGGCAUAGACAAUCAUUACAAAACAACACUUUUGAUAUCUCUAAAGAAACACGUGCAAUUCAAACAUUCUGAAAAUUGGGACGGUUACUGUUUUCUCUGUAAAGUAAUUGUCACACCUCAAGGAAAGCACAAGUUUAAAGAUUGUUUGGAGCACUUCCUCGACAAGCACAUGGACAAUUUCCCGGUUCUAGAAAAGAUUUCAGUUCGAAGCGAAGAGGAACAAAGCACGGGACCUCCAGUCGAAGUCCAGCAACCCGCUAAUAAGCCUUACAUAAAUGUGCGCCCAAUAUCUGAGCUGAUGUCAACAGAAGUCGAAGUUAUACCGAAUGCAGCACUACCUUCUGCUGUGGAACUGCCAGCUCUGCCAAAAAUCGAGAAUGUCAUGAGUCUUGGCGCCCAAACGGCCGAAAUGCCACGAGCGAGUCCGAGUUAUCCAACCGUGUUAGCAGAGCCUCGAAAGGAUGACAAAGAGUAUAAAUUCGAGGAGGUUCAGGCGGAGGUGAUGUCGAAGAAGCACCGCGUCGUUCUUGACACAAUGAUGAUGAUGCCGAAACUGAUAAACGUGUUCAAAUGCGCCGGCAGCUACUGUUCAUUUACUUCUGAUUCGGCGGAGCAAGCGUUACUGCACGCGUCGACGCACCAGCGCGUGGGAGGGGAGAACUCUUUGAUAUGCUCCUACUGCGACUUCGAUUGUUCGGGGAAUGCGAUAGAUUUGGUGAUGCACGUGUUCAAAGCUCACGGAGCAUGUCCAUACGUGUGCGGGUAUUGCUUCUACCGAGCGGCGGCGAGCCAACUCGUCACGGCACAUAUUAGUCGUAUACACAAAGAUGUGCCGCCAAAGGUUCUUUCCGUGGCCAAUGCAGUCCCGCCACAGACUAAAGACAGUACGAUGUUAAAGCGAGAAGACGUCGUCCUUUACUACAUCUGUUCUUUUAAAGAUUGCAAUUUCCGCACUUAUACUGCAGGAAGAUUUUGCGAGCAUUUGGUACAACAACACCCUAAAGAGAGCAGCUUUACCUGUUCCGUCUGCAAGCUAUCCCAGAACACUCCGCAACUCCUCAUCCGACACAUGAAGAGCCACGAGCUGAACAUAUACCAAUGCACCUGGUGCGUCCACGGCGCGGACUCGGAGACUGGCCUACUGUUCCACGCCUCGCAGAAACACCCGGACAAACAACCCCUGGCUUAUCUUCGAGUUAUCACAAACAAGGAUGGCUCUUCAGCUGCCACUGCUCAACAGCUGAGGGUCCUUCCACUAGUGUCUUUCAACAAAUCUAAAGUCGCCGUCACUGAGAUUCCGAAGGUCGCCAAUAAUGAGAACCCUGUGAGAGAAGCCGAGCGAUCCAUAGAGCUGGAGAAGCUCAUAGGCCACACCAAGACAAUGAUAGAGUCUAUGGAAUCAGACGCUCCGGAAACUGUCGUCGAACCGCCGACAGAAACGGAAUCCGCAGUGUCCAGCAUAAUGGAAGAAAGCAAUAUCACCAAGAAUAUGGAACCGACUGUUGCUGCGGUCGUGGAGACCGUAUCUAUUCUUCCUCAACAACCCGUGACUCCACCCUCAACCCCGGCCUUGUCCGAACAAGUCACACCAAAAAUCAAAGCCGAGCCAGUAGAAAAUACACCUACGAAAGCGUUGCCCACCGAAGUGGUAUGCCUAGACAGCGACGACGAAAGUUCAAGAGACUUCAGCAGCGUCAUUGCCCUUUCGGACGACGAAACGGUCGCGGCUGAAUCACCAGCCACAACUAAACACGAUAAAUACAAAGUGGUACCCAUAUCACAGCUGCUCAAAUGCCCCUUCUGCCUUCUGAAUUACAAAGCCGUGGGAGGCUUCAAAAGGCACACAAAUAGCUGCACAAUAGCAUGCGGUCGACCGUGGCAAUGCGCACACUGUAAAAUGCCUGUCCAAAACAGAGACGCUCUGAUCAAACACUACUUACUCGAUCACAAUAGAGAAAAUUGCUUCAACAUCUGCGAUAUAUGCAAAGAUCGGUUUCCUACUUUAGCUCUACUGAAAACUCAUUUGAAGAGCGUUCACGGGGUGAACAAAGUCGUGGUUUGGAGGAGAUCUUCCGCGGGGAAAGAAUCGGAAUGCUUCGCAGGCGCGGCACCCCCGGCCGCGCCGAAGAGGAAGAACUCUUCUGGCAGCACUUCGGAACCCCCAAAGAAACUGAAACGAUUCGGACCGCAGGAUGUAGACCUCCUACCCAUAAACCCAAUUCUGGACGAGUCCGUUUCGUGCACUCUUUGCGAGUUCAGUACGAAAGUGCGCAUUAACAUGUUGCGGCAUUUACAGUUCCACGCUGACCAGCAGCCUGUAGCGCAAACUGCGCCUAUCAACCCAGUUCCUCAUCUAGAAACUAACGAGAAACAUUUCGACAAAAUGGUGAACUUGGCCUCUAGUUCCAUCGUAACUCGAGCGCCGGAAAAGCCUCGACCCGAGGGGAAUACGACAGUUUCGGUCCUCAUACCUCCCGAAGCGGCCUCCCGCUACCCCAAAUACGUGCCAGACAAGCAAAGACACACUUGCGGUGCCAAAGGCUGUUCCUACAUUUCGUUAGACGAGGCUAUGCUGCGAUGCCAUUGGGAGACCUUGCAUUCCGGCUCGAACGAUUUCCACUGCGUCCAUUGUCCACCGUACCAGCAUUUGGACACUUCGAAACCUUUAACGUCUGCGAGAAUCAUCGCCCAUUUGAAAAUGCACGACGCCACUUUGUACGCGUGCUCCGCUUGCGCCUACUACCAUUACCGAAAGCAAGUUUUAGAGAAACACCUUUCGGAAGUCCACAAAGGCAGCGGUAGAUUAAUGGUCGUUCGAGAAGAAGUGAUGACUCCUACCCCCAAUCCUGUCCAAGCUGCCCCCACUAUGGACUUGAAGCCUUGGCAAUGUGGUUUGUGCAGCUUCAAGAGUAUGCUGCGUCCAGAAGUUGUGGAACACUGCUCUAAAUCUCAUCAAUCGAAGAUGCAGUUCAAGUGUUCUUAUUGUCCCUUCCGCACGUCUGCUUUGGAGAAUGUGACCAAACACCAGGCUAAUUCCCACCCUAAGAAGGACCCUGAAGUGUUCUACUAUUAUUAUCGCGAGGGUUCCAUCGCCGAUGAGGCGGACGGCACCCCUAAAUGGAUGAAGCAGCGGCAAAAGAUGAAUGUUACGGAACCCGAAGUGAAAUGCGAAGUCGUUGAACCGAACCCGUAUUUGAGUCAGUUGUUGUUGGCUCCAGCAAAACCCCCUACAACUCCAGUAGGCUUGGAUUUAAAUAUUGUGAAACAAGAAGUGGACGAUACUGUGUGUGAUGUGUCUAUUGAACGGCUUGUGGAAAAGUAUGGGCAGCAGUGUGAACCCAAUGGACUGAGAUACAAGUGCCCGUUGUGUAAAGUGGUCAUUGAAGACACAAAGGAAUCAAUGCAGUCUCAUUUAUACGAAGAACUUAAAUAUAGAACAUGGUCCUGUGCUCUAUGCUCGUACAAGGCAUUCCACAAAACUGGCUUGAAUGAACACAUAGUCCAAGAACACGGAGGCCAAUCACAAGAGCCGAAGCAGCUACCAUCAGACGUUAACAUAGAGAAAUGGGUCAGCCAUAUCUUGCAGCACCAAACCAAAUCCAUAGAGAAAAACAAAGAGAACCUUUCGAAGCAGAAGAUGUUGACAGAAAAACCGGCACCGUCAACAUCUACAGCCAAACCUACAAGUGUUUCAACGGAGAAGCCUCCGGAUAAAUACUCUAUGAAAGAAUUGGAAUUGGUCUUCGGGAAGUUGGGUGUGCCUAACAAUAUGAUGUUUUGUUGUCCGAAGUGCAGCUUCAAGACCAAGGAUGAAGCCGCUAUGAGGGACCACUUGGAAAGCGAACUGACGAGAAUUAGAUGGUGCUGCAGCUACUGCGACACUAAAUUCCAGACCUACCACGAGGCUCAGUUCCACUGCAAAAGUGUCCACAUAGGGGGGGCAGCUAGACCCAUAGAAGCGGUCCGAGACCCUGCGUUACGCACUGCUUGGGUCCAAGCAGCGUUACAGGUCCAGAGGCUUUCCAUGAACUGUCUACCUCUAGCUGACACCCCUCCCCCAGUUCCACAAUCCCCACCACCCCCCGAAGACUCUCUAUUAGUCGUACGCUACGAAGAGACCGUUACUCCUCUAGAACCACAGCCCCGAAAACGUGACAUUGAGCAAGAGAAACGCCCAAUCAAAUCGCGCCAAUUAAAAUGUCCCCACUGCCAAUUCAAAACUAAACACGCUCCUGCGUUGAGAGAACACCAGCUCAAGCAUUUCAACGUGAAAUCUCGCAUUUGCGCUCUUUGCGACUUCGUUGGGACCAAAAUGGCUGUCGCGGUGCAUCUACAGAAGAAUCACGGCUGCGGAUACAAACCGGAGUAUAUCAAGUUACCGGAAGUGCCGAGCGGGCCGGAAGCCAAAAUCAAGACAUAUUUAGUCGACGAUACAAAUGUCUACUGUUUGAUCUGCGAGAAGAUUAUCACAGAAUCGGAAACCGCUGCUCAUAAUCAUCAGAAGAUUGUACUGGAAAUUGCGAGAACAAGUGAUGUGGUUGCAGCGUGCCGAAGCUGCUGGGCUUUACGUAUAGACCAGGCUUCGAUUCGCGAACAUCACAUCGCUUCUCAUCCAGACAUUGAUGGGAUAGACUUUGGGUUCAACGAACUUUUCAGUGGCCCAACAAAAGUCAUGUGUUGCGGCCAUUGCACUAGGCGAUUCAAGGACACCAACCUACUGUUCUCGCAUCAGAGGAGUAUGCAUGGCUCGCUUCCCGCCAUUUUUACCACAGCGCCAUAUUUCAAAUCGAGGACAUUGAUCUCGGAUUCUGAGGACGAUGAGUCGACGAAUUCGAUCGGAGCACCGAAGCGGGUGGCCAGGAAGUCCACAACGAAGUUGCCCGCGCAAGCUGUAGCAAAGAAAUCCACGACCAAACUACCAUACGAUGUUGCGGAUGAAGAAAUGACUGAGUAUUCGUAUUAUGGGACGAGGCCGCCAUCUGCUGACCGUUACGAGAACGUCACUACAGUAAUGUCGUUCUAUAACACUAUGGUACCGUUCACUAUGAAGAAACUGAGUCAAGUUAUCAACAUCAAUCCGACUGUGGUCGUCCAAGACAUUAGAAGCGAACACUUGCACUUGCAGUGAGUAAUUAUUUAAACAUAACUCUUAGGACCGUACUCGGAGACGUCAAUUAACUUAAGUUGCUGCUGUCACUUUUUUACUAUAUCAUUAGAGUAAGAAAAUACCACAAAGAUCUAUAGGAAUGUGAGUGACAGUUCAGGGAGGGCGCUGCUGUCUACGUAAAGGACAUACAAAAUAUGACAUUUAAAAAGACAGCGGCGAUAGUACCUUCAUAAAGAUCCUUGUUGCACUAUAACUUCGAUGACAUUAAAUUUAUUAACAAUUAAAUUUAAUGCUUGCCAAAGUGACGGCAUCGUAUCUAAUCGAACUUAAAAUGUAAUUGAUGUCUCUGAGAACGUGCGUUGAUCCUAAUCAGCCAUAUAGUAUGGCGAAAUAUCUGUGAUUUUUCAACAUUCUUAUAAGAAAUCAUUAUCAUUUUUCAUAUUGUUUUGUUCACAAAAACACUCCGAAUUUGUAAUAUACUUACUUCAAAUACGCUUAUUAAUUAUUUAGGUACCUAGUUAGUUAUUUGACACCCAUUAUAGUGAGUUUUAUAAUUAGCAAUUUAAGAUUAUGUUGUCAAUUUUAUAAAUGAAGAUUGGAGGCAUUUUUUUUUGCAUUACUUCAUCUGUAAUAACUGAUUCUGGGAGGUUAUGUUUUUCUUUU